GCUCUGCACACAUAUUAUUUAUAGCAGAUCUGAGGCAUGCAUGGUGUUUGACAUUUCUGUCUUUUUAAGUAGGGGGACUUCAAAAAGUCGUGGGCAUCCCCCUAGGCAAAGUGCAGUGGGCAGGGACCAGGCAGGGUGCGGGCGCAAGGCGAACGCGCAGACCACGAGUGUCCUGGCGCAGGUGCCGGGGGCGGCGGCUGCAACUCCGCAGCGUCCGCUCGGGAGGAGAGUUCGCGGCUGAUCUCCGGAUGCCUUGCAGAUGCAAAAUGUGUCUCUGGCCAGCAGGAGGAAGGAAGAGGAAGUGAGAGCAGCGGCAGCCGGCGGUGCAGCAGCCGGCCGACCCAGAGUGUAAGUGCGUGUGCUGGGGCGAGCGGGAGCGGGCGAGGAUGGGCACAGGAUAGAGGCAGAGCCACCCACGCCGCCGCGGCCCCACGCUGGGCGACAGAGCCUCCAGUUCCCCUUCAAUGGUGGCGGGUCGCCGGAGCUCUGAUCGCCGGGAACCCUUGCCGCUGCUGUCCUGCGACCCCAAGCAGAGUCUUGCUCUGUCAUCCAGGCUGGAGUGCAAUGGUGCCGUCUCGACUCACUGCAACCUCUGCCUCACAGGUUCAAGAGAUUCUCCUGCCUCAGCCUCCCGAGUAGCUGGGACUACAGGGGGCAGAGCAGGGAGCACUUAUACCAUACAAGGCAGAGAAGAUACAGAUCAAGAUAUGCCCAAGGCGCUUCUAGUUCAGCCUCUCCUUGGAGUAGGUAUAGACACGUGUGGCCGUUUACGCUGUAGGAUCCUCAUUCCCACUGGCUUUGAACAUUUUGGGGACUUACAAUGCCGCCACCCGCAGACAUCGUCAAGGUGGCCAUAGAAUGGCCGGGCGCCUACCCCAAACUCAUGGAAAUUGAUCAGAAAAAACCACUGUCUGCAAUAAUAAAGGAAGUCUGUGAUGGGUGGUCUCUUGCCAACCAUGAAUAUUUUGCACUGCAGCAUGCCGAUAGUUCAAACUUCUAUAUCACAGAAAAGAACCGCAAUGAGAUAAAAAAUGGCACUAUCCUUCGAUUAACCACAUCUCCAGCUCAGAACGCCCAGCAGCUCCAUGAACGAAUCCAGUCCUCGAGUAUGGAUGCCAAGCUGGAAGCCCUGAAGGACUUGGCCAGCCUCUCCCGGGAUGUCACGUUUGCCCAGGAGUUUAUAAACCUGGACGGCAUCUCUCUCCUCACGCAGAUGGUGGAGAGCGGCACUGAGCGAUACCAGAAAUUGCAGAAGAUCAUGAAGCCUUGCUUUGGAGACAUGCUGUCCUUCACCCUGACGGCCUUCGUUGAGCUGAUGGACCAUGGCAUAGUGUCCUGGGAUACAUUUUCGGUGGCGUUCAUUAAGAAGAUAGCAAGUUUUGUGAACAAGUCAGCCAUAGACAUCUCGAUCCUGCAGCGGUCCUUGGCCAUUUUGGAGUCGAUGGUGCUCAAUAGCCAUGACCUCUACCAGAAAGUGGCGCAGGAGAUCACCAUCGGCCAGCUCAUUCCACACCUGCAAGGGUCAGAUCAAGAAAUCCAAACCUAUACUAUUGCAGUGAUUAAUGCACUUUUCCUGAAGGCUCCUGAUGAGAGGAGGCAGGUUGAUGUAGAGAGCAAUGUUGACAUCCUUGAUUGUCCUCUGACUGAGAUGGCGAAUAUUUUGGCUCAGAAGCAACUGCGUUCCAUCAUUUUAACACAUGUCAUCCGAGCCCAGCGGGCCAUCAACAAUGAGAUGGCGCACCAGCUGUAUGUUCUACAAGUGCUCACCUUUAACCUCCUGGAAGACAGGAUGAUGACCAAAAUGGACCCCCAGGACCAGGCUCAGAGGGACAUCAUAUUUGAACUUCGAAGAAUUGCUUUUGAUGCUGAGUCUGAACCUAAUAACAGCAGUGGCAGCAUGGAGAAACGCAAGUCCAUGUACACGCGAGAUUAUAAGAAGCUUGGGUUCAUUAAUCAUGUCAACCCUGCCAUGGACUUCACGCAGACUCCACCUGGGAUGUUGGCUCUGGACAACAUGCUGUACUUUGCCAAGCACCACCAAGAUGCCUACAUCCGGAUUGUGCUUGAAAACAGUAGUCGAGAAGACAAGCAUGAAUGUCCCUUUGGCCGCAGUAGUAUAGAGCUGACCAAGAUGCUAUGUGAGAUCUUGAAAGUGGGCGAGUUGCCUAGUGAGACCUGCAACGACUUCCACCCAAUGUUCUUCACCCACGACAGAUCCUUUGAGGAGUUUUUCUGCAUCUGUAUCCAGCUCCUGAACAAGACAUGGAAGGAAAUGAGGGCAACUUCUGAAGACUUCAACAAGGUAAUGCAGGUGGUGAAGGAGCAGGUUAUGAGAGCACUUACAACCAAGCCUAGCUCCCUGGACCAGUUCAAGAGCAAACUGCAGAACCUGAGCUACACUGAGAUCCUGAAAAUCCGCCAGUCCGAGAGGAUGAACCAGGAAGAUUUCCAGUCCCGCCCGAUUUUGGAACUAAAGGAGAAGAUUCAGCCAGAAAUCUUAGAGCUGAUCAAACAGCAACGCCUGAACCGCCUUGUGGAAGGGACCUGCUUUAGGAAACUCAAUGCGCGGCGGAGGCAAGACAAGUUUUGGUAUUGUCGGCUUUCGCCAAAUCACAAAGUCCUGCAUUACGGAGACUUAGAAGAGAGUCCUCAGGGAGAAGUGCCCCACGAUUCCUUGCAGGACAAACUGCCGGUGGCAGAUAUCAAAGCCGUGGUGACGGGAAAGGACUGCCCUCAUAUGAAAGAGAAAGGUGCCCUUAAACAAAACAAGGAGGUGCUUGAACUCGCUUUCUCCAUCUUGUAUGACUCAAACUGCCAACUGAACUUCAUCGCUCCUGACAAGCAUGAGUACUGUAUCUGGACGGAUGGACUGAAUGCGCUACUCGGGAAGGACAUGAUGAGCGAACUGACACGGAAUGACCUGGACACCCUGCUCAGCAUGGAAAUCAAGCUCCGCCUCCUGGACCUGGAAAACAUCCAGAUCCCUGACGCACCUCCGCCGAUUCCCAAGGAGCCCAGCAACUAUGACUUCGUCUAUGACUGUAACUGAAGUGGCCGGGCCCAGACAUGCCCCUUCCAAAACUGGAAUACCUAGCUAACAGGAGAGAGGAAUGAAAACACACCCACGCCUUGGAACCGUCCUUUGGUAAAGGGAAGCUGUGGGUCCACAUUCCCUUCAGCAUCACCUCUAGCCCUGGCAACUUUCAGCCCCUAGCUGGCAUCUUGCUCACCGCCCUGAUUCUGUUCCUCGGCUCCACUGCUUCAGGUCACUUCCCAUGGCUGCAGUCCACUGGUGGGACAAGAGCAAAGCCCACUGCCAGUAAGAAGGCCAAAGGGCCCUUCCAUCCUAGCCCUCUGCAGGCAUGGCCUUCCUUCCCUUGGGCAGGAAAGCCAGCAGCCCCAGACUGCCCAAAAACUUGCCCACCAGACCAAGGGGAGUGCCCCAAGGCCCCUGUCUGGAGGAAAUGGCCUAGCUAUUUGAUGAGAAGACCAAACGCCACAUCCUCCUUUCCCCUCUCUCUAGAAUCAUCUCGCACCACCAGUUACACUUGAAUUAAGAUCUGCGCUCAAAUCUCCUCCCACCUCUCUCCCUGCUUUUGCCUUGCUCUGUUCCUCUUUGGUCCCAAGAGCAGCAGCCGCAGCCUCCUCGUGAUCCUCCCUAGCAUAAAUUUCCCCAACAGUCCACAGGUCCCACGCCCACUUUGCGUCUGCACUGUGAUCGUGACAAAUCUUCCCUCCUCACCAGCUAGUCUGGGGUUUCCUCUCCCUGCCCCAGGCCAGAACUGCCUUCUUCAUUUCCACCCACGCUCCCAGCCUCUUAGCUGAAAGCACAAAUGGUGAAAUCAGUAGUCUCGCUCCAUCUCUAAUAGACUAAACCUAAAUGCCUCUAGGACGGGCUGUUGCUAUCCAAGCGUUUGGUGUUACCUUCUCCUGGGAGGUCCUGCUGCAACUCAAGUUCCACAGGAUGGUCAAGCUGUCAGACAUCCAAGUUUACAUCAUUGUAAUUAUUACUAGUAUUUACAAUUUGCAAGAGUUUUGGGUUAGUUUUUUUUUUUUUGCUUUGUUUUUGUACAAAAGAGUCUAACAUUUUUUGCCAAACAGAUAUAUAUUUAAUGAAAAGAAGAGAUACAUAAAUGUGUGAAUUUCCAGUUUUUUUUUAAUUAUUUUAAUCCCAAACAUCUUCCUGAAAAUAACAUUCCCUUAAACAUGCUGUGGAAUAAAAUGGAUUGUGAUGA